GGGACAGCGGAACGAGCGCCGCCCGCACAGCGCGAGCCACCGGAUAGCGGGUGAUAGCGCUGACGUCACACCCCUCAUUUGCAUACAUUUACCUUUGCGCCCCGCGGCGGCCAAUCAGCGGGCGCCGCUCACCUGCUGCGGCCGCACCCGCAGGCGGCCGGGGGCGGGGCCGCGGCCUCCUGGCGGAGCGGCUGCCGCGCGGGGCGGCGGCGGAGCAGCGAUGGCGUGCGGGGGCUUCGCCUGCUCCAAGAACUGCCUGUGCGCCCUCAACCUGCUCUACACGCUGGUGAGCCUGCUGCUGAUUGGAAUUGCAGCAUGGGGAAUUGGCUUUGGCCUCAUCUCUAGCUUCAGAGUUGUUGGAGUGGUAAUCGCAGUAGGAGUCUUCCUCUUCUUUAUUGCCUUAGUUGGAUUGAUCGGUGCAGUGAAACAUCAUCAAGUACUGCUGUUCUUUUACAUGAUUAUUCUUCUGCUAGUCUUUAUUGUCCAGUUUUCUGUCUCCUGUGCCUGUUUGGCACUAAAUGAGGAACAGCAGAGUGAACUUCUAGAGGUGGGAUGGAGUAACACCAACAGCGCAAGAACAGAUAUUGAGAGAAAUCUGAAUUGUUGUGGAUUCAGAGUUUUUUAUCCGAAUGAAACCUGUGCCGCUGAUUGUCUUCGAACUCUGCACUGUAGACCAUGUGCACCAAUAAUGGAAGAAUAUUCUGGAAUGGUGCUGAGAUUUGUCGGAGGGAUAGGACUCUUCUUCAGUUUCACAGAGAUUCUGGGAGUCUGGCUGACUUACAGAUACAGGAACCAAAAGGAUCCCCGUGCAAACCCUAGUGCAUUUAUUUGAUGAGUUUAUAAAGGACUAAAUCUUCUCUCUGCACCCUCUACUUAAAAAUACUGAUUCUCCAUAGUUUGGUAUUGCUCCAUAAUAAGUAUUCUACAUGUACUCAGAAUAAAACACAAGCCCUGUAAGAAAUGUGUAGUUUUCAUAUUUAAUUUCUACUGUUUUUCUUCUAAGAAUCUCUAUCUUAAAGUAGAUGGGUGCAUUCAGUAGCUGGGCAGAGUAGAACUGCUGGUUAAGACUUUGUUAAUUGUUAUGGUAAACUCUAUACAAUGAGUUUUAUAGCACUACUGGGUUAUCUACUGUAAAAAAAAAAAACAACCCUAGAGGUAUUUUCUGCUGUAUUCAUUGAUUACAAAAAUUCACAUGAAUUCUCAUUAAAGUGAUAAAAAUUUACAGUGGAUGGUUGGGUAUGAUUUACUUAGGUUUUAGGAUGUACUCUAGUAAACUUUUUUGUCUCCCACUUUCCUGUUAAGGUAAAAAUAGAAGCUAGAGAUGUUAUUUUCUAUAGUGCACAUAAGUAUAUGUUAAUAACUACUGUAGUCUUCAACCCUCCUCUUUCCUGUUUGUUUUGGUUUUCUGGUAGCUUUAGAAUUUUGUUGAGAAUAAAAACAAUGUUAAUGAAUAUUGUCAUGAUGAGAACAAUGAAUGAAGAAAACCAGGAGAAUGUAAUCUGCAGCUGAUUAACUUGAAACUUUUUUCCCUUGACAAGUGAAUGAGGUUUGGUAUUUGCACAAUCAAUGUCUGUCAUCUCUGAUAUAAGAAACUUGAUGUCUGGAAAGUUGUUGUACAGCUGGUUUUUUUUAGAUGGUGUAAAGUCAUUGUUGUAAUAACUCAGCAGUGUAUAUUUCUGUGUCAUCCAGAUAAGUCUUGAUUUCAUGAGAGAUUGAAUGACAUGUAAAAAAAAAAAAAAGGAAAGAAAAACAGCAACCAAAAA